AAAAGACUGGAAACUAGUAGAAAGAACACGAGAAAAAAGAUGGCGACCAACGGCAAGAAAAAUAUUAAAGGAAAUAAGGGAAGUUUGACACAAGAACAAACAAUUGUUAAAUUUAAUCAACUUCGACAAGAACAAAGGAAUCUUCUUGCUAAAAUAAAUGAGUUGGAAAUGGAUCAGUCUGAACACAGGUAUUACCUAAAAAUACUUUAGAGUUUUGACAGGAGGGACUAAUCACUAAUGUGACUUUAGAGUUUUAUAAUUAUAAAUAUCACUACUCUUUAACAUUCUACUUGCCACUACGUAGCUUGUGCGCAAUCCCAUGACAUUGUCGCAAACGAUGUAUGAGACUGGAGUACUGCAUGCUGGCCAGCCACUGUCAAUAUUAAAUAAUUCUAAAAACGGGCCAUGUCCAUAUUCAUGUUGCCAUGCCAAACGUCAAAUACGACUAGUUGUAUACGAUUCUUAUCCUGGCAUAUGUACUUGAAUAAAAACAUCUAAAGAUGUCACUCUUCAAAUUUCACCAUGAACAGAAAUAGUGGCGUUACCAGUUGUUUCCAUACACCAGAAUAACAAUCGUAUACAACUAUAGUCAUACAGGGCUGCAAAUUGCUAUCGGACAAUGUCCGACUAAAUUUGGCAAAUGUCCGAGCAAAAGUAAUUUUGAUUGGACAUCGGUCCGAUCACAAAAAAAUUGUCACAUUACACAUUUUUUGCUGUGACAAAAUCCGAUUGCAAAUUCAACAAUUUGCAUUUUGCAAAAAAAUUUACAAGGUAUUCCACCAUUUUAUUUACAGUAACAUUGCGCUGGAAUGGCUAUACAUACUUGUCUCGUGACUUAUAUAUAUAUAUGACGUAUAUAUAUGUCCAACCAAAUUUAGUGGUGUUGGUUUUUGUCCGACCAAAUUCAAGUUAUGUCCGACCAAAAUUAAAAGUGAUCGGACAAAUGUCCUGUCAAGUCAAAUAUUUAUUUGCAGCCCUAGUCAUAUCAUAUACAACUAGUCAUAUAUACAAUUACUAUUUACAUGGGCCUUUGAGUAAAUUCUGACAUGCAACAUUGCUUUGCAAUCAGACGACAAAUAGAAAAUGAAAUAGCGACAUUGGACACAAACUCUGUCUAAAUAUUUGCAACAGCAACAUAGAAAAGGAGGAAAACAAUAACAAAAUUCCAUGUACGGGACAAUAUAGUAAAUGUUUCAAGUAACAACAUUACUUGUUUUGAAAAUCAGAUGCAUACCUAACCCAGGAUGUUAGGGUUUGUAAUCCAAGUGAGAAUAUAUACAUUUUAAGACCUAACCAGGAACGACUGCGAAAAAUGCAGCACAAGGUCCUCUGGUAGGAAUUGAACCUACGGCCCUGCGAUUCUGGUGCAGCGCUCUAACCAACUGAGCUACAGAGGCCAGCUGUUGAGCUGUAACCGUAAGUUCAUGUAUAUAUAGGUAAUCGGCCGCACACCCGAUUACCUAAAUAUACAUGAACUUACGGUUAAAGCUCAACAGCUGGCCUCUGUAGCUCAGUUGGUUAGAGCGCUGCACCGAAAUGGCAGAGCCGUAGGUUCAAUUCCUACCAGAGGACCUUGUGCUGCAUUUUUCGCAGUCGUUCCUGGUUAGGUCUUAAAAUGUAUAUAUUCUCACUUGGAUUACAAACCUUAACAUCCUAAUAUUAAUUCCACCAAGUGAAGUGCAAUAAUCUAAGUCAUACCUAACCCACCCUGACAGGGCCUCAAUUUAGCCUAAGACUUGGAAAAGGUUAUAAUUACUAUUUGUAUAAGUGUACUUGUACCUGAUUUUCAUAGAGUGCAGAGAUUAUUAUAGAGUGCUUAACAUGAUCAAAUAUAUGUAAGAACUAAGAACCUAGUCACCCUAAAAAAGUAUGCAUUUUAAUUAAUUAAAAACACAUCUAUUUUAAAAAUGGUAUAUUUCAAAUCAGUUCUGCUGAAGAUGAAUAGAAAGUACAGUAGUAUAAUCGUGUUUGAAAUUGUGGAAUUUUCUUAAAGCUGGUUAAAGACAAGCAAGUUUUCUAUGACAAGUUUUCACAUGGCGAGUUUUAUUUUCUAUGACUUGGUUUCUAGCUAUUAUUAGCUAUUACAACAAUAGAUUGCUGACAAACCACAUGCAAGUGCUCACUGCUCAAAUUGCUUUGCCAAUUUUUUUCUUUGAGAAGUGCACUUGUUCAAAAACUAGCUACCAGUGAGACUAGCUUUUGAACAAGUGUACUUGUCAUAGUAAAAAUUGGCAAAGUUGCCUAUACAGACAAGCAAAUAAAGUUUGUAUUGUAUGAAAACUUGUUGUAGAAAACUUGCUCGUCUGUAACCAGCUUUAUUAUUAGCAUGACAAAAUUACUGGAUGCUGAUUGGUUGAGAGGAGUACAAUUAUUUCAUUGAUUGUCCUGCAGUACAAUUAAUGAUUUUCCCAAAACAAACAAAAUUGCAGAAAGGUAUUUUAAACACAAAUGUGAAAUGAAAUUGCUGUGGAGGAACUAGAUGAAAAUACGAAGAAAAGCACCAAGUUUUGCUUGAACAAAAGAAUUAAAUGAAAAUACAAACAAAAGCACCAAAUUUUGGUUGAAAGUCUGAUAGGACUGGGCUUUGGCGAGAGAAUAUGAUAUUGACACAUUCUCGUACCCAGAGCCCUUCUUACGCGCGGUGCGACGAGGGGCUCUGGCCAAAUCCAUAACCGGAUACCAUAAAAACAUGGUAAGAAAACAAUGUCCGGUGUUAGAACUAGCCAAUUAGAUGCCAGUUCCGAAUAUGGAUUUGGCCGGAGCCCCUCGUCGCACCGCGCGUAAAAAGGGUUAAUCAUGCAAUAUCCCUAAUUGUACUUGCCAUCGCAUGAUUACCUAUACUAAAAGCAAGUUGAUGCAAGCUUAAACUGUAGGUACUGUAUACUGCCACUCCAUAAGACAUGUAAAGUUAGCAUUUGAACUAAAACUGACAUUUUUUGACAAAAUAUUUGAUAUCAUAUCUCAAAUGUAUUAUUCUCCAAUCUCAAUCACACAAAACAAUAUUUUUCACACACCAUCUGAGCAGUAUAGCCUAAGUACUGUUUAAAUGCUGUAUGACUAAGCUUCAAAAUACAUACACACAUACCUUAUUGAGCAAUUCCAAUUGGGCUUUUCAAUGCCCAUUACAAUUUUAAAGGAAGAAAUAAAAUCUAAUUUGUCUAAUGUAUUAAAAUCUAUAAAAUACUGUGAAACAUAUGUACACAUAAAAUAUUGAUUACUGUUGUUAAAAUAAUCUAUUAAACAAAUAGUUUUUCAUCAAUUUUGUGAAUUGAAUGGGAGAUUUAAUAUUGUUAUCUAGUCUAUAUUCCAGUGAAAUGUAUAAAUCGUUUGUCUUAUUAUUCUUUUUGAAAUUUACAUUUUGUUCAGGGGACUCCGUUUUUUUAUACGUGCAUCCAUUGGCAUUGUGUCAUAAUAUAAAAUAAUUAUUUUCAAUUCUAUCUAACUUUCAAUGUAGUAUGGUAAUAGAGAAUUUAAAAGACAUUGCUCCAGAAAGGAAAUGUUUUCGUUUGGUUGGAGGAGUGUUGGUUGAGAGAACUGUAAAAGAUGUACUACCAGCAUUAACUAGUAACAGAGAUCAGGUAAAUCUUGUGGCGUGUAUUGCAUGUGAAUUAUCCUCCAAUUUAUCCUCAAUUAAGUCUUUGAUAGGGUUACAUGUCUGUCUUUUUACAAAAUACAAAGCAAUUAUAAUAGUAAAUCAUAGUCAAUUAAGUCUUUGAUAGGGUUACAGUACAUGUCUGUCUUUUUACAAAAUACAAAGCAAUUAUAAUAGUAAAUCAUAGUUUAUUUCUACAUUUCAACUAGAGUGUGGUCAUCAUUAGGAAUGGAUAGCAUUCGUGAUGAUGACUACACUCUAGUCGAAACGUAGAAAUAAUAAACAAUUUUGACUGUUUAGUAUUGUUUCGUACAGUAUGUCUCUCUUACCUGCUCAAUAUAUAUCUUCAAACCCAUAUCAUUGACUUGAGGAAUAAACUCUGGCAAUAUACUGCACUGUAGUUGACUACUCAGAGUAGUUGAGACUGCAGGUGCAUGUACACUGUAUGUAUAUAUACCGUGUGCUCAAAAACCGGCAACAAAGGUUCUUCCAUUGCUGGCAUAAACCAUUUUACUAGAAAGAUUGUAUGUGAGCUGGAGACCCAGUGUAUUCUUACAAUAUUGUGUGCACUACACCAAUGGUAAUAAAAUCACGUAUAUCCACACGUUCUACAUUUCCCCGAGGAAAAGAAAAUUAUAUGUAUUGUAUAUGUGUGUAUUGUGUCCAAUUAAGUCCAUAGUUUUCAAUCUGGAUAGUAGUAUAGUGAAUGUUUGCACUUGAGUUGUGACUGAAUAAAUUUAACAUAGGUAGAAAUUAAAGGUCGCUCCCGUCAUCGGGGUAUUUUCUUAAAACAAAGGCAAUAAAUAGGUUUCCCAUGCAAUUUGUGUCAUAAAAAAUUAACACAUGAAAUUGUCAUUUUAGCUAAUGUUCACCAGAUGAAAUGCAAGUGUUAGUUUUUUCCUUUAAAAAGUUGUUCAUUAUUUUACAGAUCAAAAUUCUCAUAGGAAACUUAAAGAGUCAGUUACAAGCUAAAUCCGAAGAGCUAAAUUCCUUUAAAGAACAACACAAUAUCAGAUCUCAGGGAGAAAAACAACACACUGAUAAGCAAAAAGAAGAGAAAACAAGUGGGGUGCUUGUCCCACAAACAGACAAAUAGUAUUUAUAUAUAGUGUUACAGCAUUAACUAUGAAUGUAAUAUUGUCAGAGAUGUGUAAUUAUAUAUAAUAUGUAAUGUUAUGCCGCUUCACCGCAUCAGGCUAUCUAUCCUCUACAAGGUAAAGGAUGUACUGUAGCUUUGCUGCAGUAGCGAAGCUCAAGCUAUAACAACUGCAAUAUGCGUAUAAACGUACGCCAAGAUAGCCUAAAGUUUCUAGCUAAUUUAGCUCAAGCCAGUUGAAUGCGAAAUCAGCUAAUGUACGUAGUAUUUAACCAUUUACUAAGGUUUAUUUUAUUUUAUGCAAGGACCGCGUAAAUUUUGUCAGUCCUGCAUCUUCUCCAUUAGACCGACUGUCGGCAGUGUGUAUUAUAACGCGGUCGGCAAUCGGCUAUUUGCCGAACAAAAACACUAAAUGGCCGAUUAAUCUUAUUCUGCACGGACAUUUUGACCGGGCAAAUAAAAUAGGCAGUUUUCAUUUAAAUGAAAGGUACAGUAUACUAUUAGACUAGUACGGUACUGUUCAUAAAGAUAAAAGCGAGAGAAGGAACACAAAAUAUUAUCUUGGCUUUGCUGUGACAAGCAACAAAAUCACGUCACAAGUUUAUGGUACUAGACAUGUAG